AUGAUCGAUCGAUAUCAGCCCCGUCGCGACGAUUACUAUGACGCGAGAAAUCCGCGAGAUCGAGACGAUAGGCGGCGCGCGCCUUCUCCCACACCUGCCAAUAUCGAUCGUUAUGUACCAGGACAAGAGCCAGACAAGCCAGUUAUCCGGCUCAACCCGGUACAAAAUCCGUUGGUCAUGGAUACACAGGCUGGCUUCAGUUAUUUUGCAGAAUGGUGGAGAAACGAACAGCAGCUCAACGAAGAUAAAGAACGGGCAAAACAUGGCGGACGACGGCCUUCAGAUCGUCUACGAGGUGAGAACGAAUCCAGAAUCGAUCGCGAAAAGGAACGCGCCAAGAUACAGGAAGCCUACGAUUCCUACAAGCAAGAUUUCCAGGUCAAAGCUGCUCGCCAAUUCGUCCAACUACACAAGAGUGAGGAAUGGUUCAAGGAACGCUACGUGCCCGAAGUGCGCGAUUCUAUUCGAAAGAGACUGGUGCAAUUUCGAGAUGCUGCUUUCGAGCAAUGGAAAUCAGAUAUCGACGCUGGAAUCUUUGAUGAGUUCACUCUUGAAGGUAUAUAUAAGCACGACAGUGAUGGUGCUGGGGGCAUGGUUGAGAAAGAGGAAGGAGAAGCAAUUGGUGGUGCAGAAACUCUUGGAGUACAAGAUCUGGUUCCCGCCAAAGGUGGUGACCUGAAAGACGAAGCAAUGAAUCAGCCUGCGCUAUUGAUCAAGACUUUGGCUCCUAACGUCGCCCGUACCCAGAUCGAGGACUUCUGUAAAGAACAUCUCGGCGAAGGUGACGGUGGCUUCAGAUGGCUCUCGUUGAGCGACCCGAAUCCGAUCAAGAAAUUUCAUAGAAUUGGUUGGAUCAUGCUCAACCCUGCUCCUGAGGAGAACGACCAAGCCAUGGAGGACGUUGGACGAGGUGAAGGUCGCGAGGACGGCGAAGAAGACGAUAAACCAAAGUCGGAACCGUCGAGUGCUGCACAGAAGGCUUUGGAAGCUAUCAAUGGCAAGACCAUCGUUGAUCCUGUGCGAGGUGACUUUACUUGCCAUGUCGGUGUGCACAACGCUCCAGCUCAACCGAGGAAAAAGGCACUUUGGGAUCUCUUUUCAGCUCCGGAACGAAUCGAGAGAGACUACCAGCUUGCACGACGACUAGUUACCAGACUCGAAGCUGAGACGGGAAAGGACGAGGCCUCGGGUGGGCUUGCCAUGAUAGAUGCUCGUGUCGAGGACAUGCGAAGCAGAGGUCUACUUCAGCCUGCUCCCAAGCCUCCCAAAAAGAAUGCGUUCGCCGAUAAUGACGACGAAAUCAAAUUCGAGGAAGGUGAGGAGAUUGAGGGAGAAGAAGAGGAUGACAGCGAAGAGCUUCUCGUGGUCAAGAAAAAGCUGGAUCUUCUUGUGGAGUACCUGCGCAGAGUGUUCAAUUUCUGCUUAUUCUGCGUUUUUGAAUCAGAUUCAGUCCACGAACUGGUCCGAAAAUGCCCAGGUGGUCAUUUGAGAAGACCACGAGCAGGCCUCAGCAAACUUGCGAAGAAGGCUGCCAUUGCUAGUGCCAAUGGUGACCCAUUUCCAAAGACCAAAGAAGGUACGGAAGACGGCAGUGCUAGUCCUGUUGAGGACCGCAAGGGAAACAAGUUCAAUAGAACCGAGCAGCAGCUUCUAAAAGCCUUCAAUUGGGUCAAGACCUUCGAGGAGAAAGUGUUGCAACUACUCGAGCCAGAGUAUUGUGAUCUCAAGAAGAUUGGCGGCAAACCUGUCGAAGAAGCCGUUGAGGAGGAGCUGAACAAGUAUGUCAAACAAGAGGAUGAGUCUAAGUACCGGUGCAAGGUGCCGGACUGUACCAAGCUGUUCAAGGCGGAGCACUUCUGGAAGAAACACGUCGAGAAGAGACAUGAGGAGUGGUAUGAAGGUUUGAAAAAUGAUCUCAACCUCGUGAACACCUACGUCCUCGAUCCAUCACACAUCGCACCUUCGAGGUCCGACGCCAACAGCAACGGCCACUUCCCGCUCCCUGCAAACCACCAGUUCACAAACGGCACUCCUCGCGGGUUUAACCUACAAAACAUGAUGAGCUUCGGCCAGAACAUGAUGAACUCAGCAGGCUUUGCACCUGGUCCACAAGGUGCAAAUGGAAACAUGAAUGGCGGGAGCAAUCACAAUACUGGUCCAAUCCGACGAGGUGGUGGUCGCUUCAACAACAACCGCCAGAAUCCAUAUGACAAGAACAAUAGAAGAGGCUACGGCAACAUGGGCUUCAUCGCUCAAGGUGGAGGAGGUUCAGGCGGACGAUGGGGGGAUGGGGCUGGUCAACCGAUGAACGUGAUUGGACCCAAGGAAGCUGUUCAAGGACGAGCAAUUCGAAGUUACGAUGACCUCGAUGCUCCUCCUGCCGGUGGCUCGAACGACCGUGCAGCUGCAACAGUUGGGGACGGUGGCGACACACUUGAUUAUUGA